AUGAAUACCAACAACUGGGUAGAUUUGAAAGCGGCCAAGAAUUUGCCGGAUUACGUGAUUUUCGAAUGUGCGCAUCUAAAAAUCUUGCCAUUGGAACAAUACUAUCCAGAAGAAGGUUUACGUUUCCUCAACAAAUCUCCAUUAGCUUUGGUUUUACGUAUUAUCACUAAUGAGAUUUGUAUAGUCUUAAUUGAAAAGAAAAAAGAAAUUUCACUCCCUUUAGAACAUCUUUUUAGGUUUACAAUUAAUGAAAGGCGUGAUAUUGAAUUGGAAAUGAAGAGGGAAUUUAAAAAAUUCUAUUAUGAAUAUCCCCUUGGAGAACUUGGUUUUAGAAUUCAAAUCGCGAUGGAUCCUUUAGGAGGAUUCCUGGACAAAAUCACCACCAUUGUUUUUAGCCCAUGGUAUUACGUCGAAGAUGAAAUAUAUUUAAGGCUAACUUGUGAAAUGAGAAGGCUGAGGUUUAAUAAGCCAAAGGAAAGUUCAGAGAAACAAACUAUUAAACAGCUUAUUCGGUUUCAAGAACCAUCAAAUCAGCUGCAACACAAGGAAUCUUUAGAAAAUGAAUUUGUCAGCGUUAGUCGACAACUUAAUCAUGAUCGAUCUUUCAAUCAGGAUCAAGAACAACCAAAUGUUACGAAUGAAGUUGAACCCGUGCGAUCACAUUUUGCGUCAUUUAUUGAGAGGAACAAAACCAACACAGAAAAUACAAUGGAUUUACCGACCGAUGAUUCACCUAAAGCCAGUGGAGUAUCAAAUAAAUGUCUCCUUGAUAUGAAUUGUCGGGAAUUAAUGAGCUUUUUAAAUAAUAAACCUGAAGUUGAAGAUUCCAUAUCUAUUUCCAGGCCAAGUAACAAAGAGCUUUUUACUAAUAACCAAUACGAAAGUGAAAUUACUUAUUCCGGCACAAUGUGUGCUGCAGAGGUAGAAAUAUUUAUUUUCUUUUGGUCACUACAUUUAGGUUAA